AUGUAUCAAUUGGCAAUCGAUGGUGAUUUUGGGUUGGCGCUCAAAAUGGUAACUACCUAUUCUGGCCUGAAAAUGAACAUGGUCAAAAACAACUUUGGUGAAAUUGUGGGAGAAUCUAUGGCCAAAAGAAUGAGGAGCUUGCAAACAAUGAAUAGAGAGCUUGUGAGCAGGGUUGAGAGUGAGCUUCUUUGCAGAGCCCAUUUCCGAAUGUAUCUAAAAGACGAUUCGAUUGACAAGGAUGCAAGAGAGAUGUUCAGGAAGUCCAUGCUUUCUUUCUUCUGA